AUGGGUACAGGAAAGAAGAAGAUAGAGAUCAAGAGAAAGGAGAAGCAACAGGACAGAAUGGUUGCUUUCUCAAAGAGACGCAAAGGCCUCUUCAAGAAAGCUCAUCAGCUUCAUGCUCUCUCCGCUGCUCACAUCGCGAUUCUCGUCUUCUCUCCAGCAGGAAAACCUUAUGUCUGCGGAGAUCCUUGUUUUGAUGACAUUGUUGACAAGUACUACUCUGGUGCAACUGCUAAUGCUGCUGCUGAUGAUAAUGAUGUUGUAAAUUGUAAUAAUAGGAGUACUUAUGGUGAUGGUAAUGAUGCAGAUGAAGAUUGUAAAGAGAUUGGAGAGUUGAAGUUGUGGUUAAAGAGGAUGGAUUUUGAUGGUUCUGAUAAUGUGGAUGAUCUUCUUUUAGCUAAGAAUGAUUUGGAGCAGGUUAGAGACAAGUUGAUCAAAAAUGUUGCUGAUUAUGGUGAAUAA